CCUCGAAUCGCGUAAGCGGAGCCUUUCAAAUACUAGCCGAAGUUCCGCUGACAUCGACUGGGUCUCCGUCCUUCAUCGGUCGUAGCACUCUCGGCCUCAUAAUCAAGGUUCAUUAGCCACGCUUUGAACCACUUCGUCCCCUCCAUUCGGAACUAUUUUGUGACUGGAACCCUCGAAAAAGCGCUCGCAGAACUCUUAAAACAUUGCUGGUACUCUUUCGUACUUGCAGCACUCGCCGCUGUUCCUUUCCUAGUCAUCUCCUUUCCAUGUAUCCCUCGCAUCACCAUCAGAACUCCCAAACCAUGCCCGCACCCACGUAUGAAUAUUCUUACUCUUCACAGUACGACCAUGGUCCGACAUCAGGAAGGGCCAUGAGGCCGGAUUCGUCGGAGUCACAGUCGUCUAACCCACCUCAGCCGUCAUUCGCCCAGCAGCACUCCUAUGGCCCCCCUUCUAGCUACUCCUCCAACCCCCACUACCCUCCCGUCCAGCAGCAACAAUCCACAAAUCACCAUUGGUCGACGCAACCCGAUGGUUGGUCGCACUACGCCCAGCCGUUCCCCUCUCAAGGACCCGCGCAGUCGAUGGACGUAAGUUAUGGAGGCUCGACACGUGCGGAGGCUCCGUCAGGCCCGGCGCAUACCCCAGAACGCACGCGGGGGUACGAUGCGGGACCUCAGCCCGGUGACUUUCGCCGAAUGGACGAGCGGUAUCCGGGCCCAAGCUCACCGGCCUCCAUCAGCAAAGCGAUACCUCCUCCCAAGCCCAAACGCAGCGAUUCUGGCGAGUCACCCCCGAUCAUCGCCGAGAGCCCACCUUCGGUCCAGGGCCUCGAUAUGAAUAAGCUUCUUGAAACUUACCGCUUUAUCUUGGACACGAGCAGCUCCAGCGUUUCCGGUGGCCGCUUGCCGGCGUCAGAAUCAAUGGAGCGUAUAAUACAGGCAGCUAAGGGUAACCUGCAGAUGCUUCAGACCGCAGCACAACAACAGCAGCAACAGCAGCAAGGCAGUCCUGACCCGGGAAAUCGACCCUCGACCUCGGGGAGCGAGGAAACGCCGUCCGCCGGCGCAAAGCGACAGGGCAACACCGGCCAGAAAAUCGGCGAAGACGGCGGCCCCGUGCCCGAGGGUCAGACAUGCUUGGGCUGCAAGGCGACAGCGACACCCGAGUGGAGGCGAGGGCCUCUCGGGCCUCGAACGUUGUGCAACGCAUGUGGCCUCGUGUAUGCUAAGAUGCUCAAGAAGAGGGCACGCGCGGACAAGAAAACCACCGGGCAGCAAGAUACUGGAGCCCAGGCCGCUGCGCUCGACGAGUCGAGCGGCGAGAGCGAUAUCGGCGACAUGGACUCUUUCGAGUCCCCCGAGCGGCAUAGCGAAUAUGAGGGGUAUCGUAGGGGGCAGUCGUGAGGACAGAUAAGCGUAUCCCGGACUAUAAUCUCUGUGCUCUUGUUCGUUGCCACGGAGGCGUUCUCAGUCUCUGUUUUCUUCUUCCUUUUUUCUUGAUAUCGAUACGUGAAUUUUUGGGUGCUUUCUUACACCCAAUGCCUCGUUUACCUCUUGAUCUACAUAUGCAUUCGUCCCUAGUAUCACUCGCCUGUUUUCCCUUUUUUGCCUGGACUCCGCAAUAGUCCGAGACUUUGAUAUGCCUCUCCUAGUUUACUGGACUCUACUACUCCUACUCGGCUCGCUAGUUUGCUACAUACACACGGCUAACGGAAUCGUAUUUAUUGGCUCAAAGUUCCGAACGUGCCUCGCUUCUAUAUGCGCAGUUUAGGUUAUCUUCC